AUGCAGUCCAACUUCCUAGACCUCCCCACCAAGACCGCCACCCCCCAACCCACGUUCGCCAAACACCUCCUAGACUACAUCUCCACCCACUUCCGAGACGCCCAUCCCGAAGCCUUCAAACAAGAUGUCGACAUUCUCGUAUCCAUGAGGCGAGACUGGGUGGAGGCCAAGUCGGAGGCCCACCCCGAGGUGGUGAAGGCGUACAUGCGGUAUCACGCCCAAUUAGCAUUCCUUGCCACCAAAUUUCCCUCCGACAUUGGUCUUCAAUUCGCCUACUUUUUGCCCUUUCCUCCAACCUUCUCCCUCAGCCCCGACUCUCCCAUAUCGCUAUCAUCCCUCACAUAUGAGCGCGCAUCGGUCCUUUUCAAUACCGCCGCCUUGUACGCCUCUAUGGCCGCUUCGGAACGACGAGCCGAGGCAGAGAGUAUCAAGAGGGCGAUCGGAUAUCUCACGUCCGCUGCUGGUGUGCUCGAGUAUCUCAUCAAGAAUGUCUUGCCAACUCUCAAGUCUGAGGUCUCAUCUCCCCAAGCAGCUGGGUAUGACAUGACGGAGUCGUUCCUUGGCGCUGUGAAGGAGUUUGUUCUGGCGGAGGCGCAAGAGUGUUAUUGGCAACAAGCUGUAUUGGCCGGAAGCUACAAGAACGGCUUGAUAGCCAAGCUAUCCAUGAAGGUCUCAGAAUACUACAAAGCCGCUCUAAGCUCUAUGAACGCUGCCGAGUACCCUUCUGCCGCCUUCUUCCCCGCCACUUGGGUAGCGCACAUCACCACGAAACAGAUGCAUUUUGAAGCUGCAGCCCAAUUCCGACUGAGUCAAGAUGAUCUGGAGAAGAGCCGGUAUGGAGAGGAGAUUGCUCGGUUGAGAGUGGCGGAAAGUCUGGCGAAGAAGGGGCUUGACGCUGCUAAGAGAGGUGUGACUGAUUCAGUCACAACAGACCUGAAACAACUCCAAGCUACCGUCAAAUCCUCCCUCGAACGAGCUGUACGCGACAACGACCUCGUCUACGUCUCCCCCAUCCCUCCCGCCAACCAGCUCGCCCCCGUCAAUGGCGUCGGCAUGGUCAAGGUCAACAUCCCCACAGAGGUUGCCGAGCCUGUAGCGUGGUUGAUGGGUGGGCAAGCUGGUAUGGAGCCGCUUUUCAGCGCUUUGGUGCCUUAUGGCGUGCACCUUGCUCUCAGUAUCUAUGACGACCGCAAAGAUACACUCGUCCGCUCGCUCGAUGGCAAACGCGAAGAACUCGACGGUCUCGCAGCCAGCACCCUCCAAUCCCUCAACCUUCCCGGCUCCAUCCAAGCUCUCGAACGCCCCGUCGGGCUGCCCCCCUCCCUCCUCAAGAAAGCCGAAGAAGUCGAAUCCUCCGGCGGCACCGACCGUAUCCGCGGCUUGCUCGAUCAAGUGCAGCGUAUCGCCCGGUCGAAUACGCAGGCGCUGAAUGAUGCGAUGGAUAUUCUGGACCAGGAGGCGACGGAGGAAGAGACGGUGUUGGAGCGACAGCCGGAGAUGAAGGGGACGAGGAUGCCGUCGCAUGUGGCGAAUCAGCAGUUGAUUGGGAUGGCGGCGCAGUAUGAGGCGACGAUCAAGCAGGCGGCGGGGAGCGAUGCGACUGUGAGGACAAAAUGGGAAGAGUGGGCGAGGCUUAUUGGGCUGCUUGCUGGUGGUGAAGAUACGAUAAACGACUAUGUCCCGUCCACUGGCGCCGCCUCUGGCUCUCUUCCACCUUCCGUCCGCCCCCUCCGAGCAUCCCUUGAACAACUCGACGACCAGAUAUCCCACCGAGCGCGUAUCCUCAACGAAGCCAAACGCAUCUCUGCCGCCGACGACAUCCGGCCACAGGUGUUGCAAGAAGCUACUAAGCUGACACAUGGAGGUACGGGUGAUGUCAAGACGGAGUGGUUUGAGGAUAUCUUCCAUAAGGCGCUAGACAAAUAUGAGGGGCUGAGGAGGGAGAUAGAUGAGGAGGCUGAAAAGCAGGACGAGCUCUUGAAUCAAAUCAGGACUCAAAACGAAGAGUUCCUCUCUCAACGCAAGGAUGACCCCAUCGUCAAGGAACGCGAGCGGCGGUUGCAGGAUAUGGAUCUGGCGUAUUGGAAGUGGCGAGAGAUUGUGGACAAUGCUGAAGAGGGCAUCAAGUUUUACAACAGCUUUGCCGAGAUGUUGGGUCAGUUCAAGGCUACUUGCACGCAGUUCUUGAAUUCGAGAAGGCAAGACAUCAACCAAAUCACUGCCCAGCUGCAGAAUAUCCACGUUACCCAGUCUGAACCCCAACACCAGCCCUCUCCUGAACCAGCCUACAUCGCCCCUCCUGCCACCCAAGUCCACCCCUCCGCCUCACCUUCCCCAGCGCACUACCAAUCCCCUCCCCCUCCUGCCCCUGCCCCCGCCCCGCGCCUUCCAUCCCCACCCCGCACAUUCCUCGCCCACCCUUCGUCCAGUAACUGGGAAUCCGCCGAGUUCCUGCCUCCCCCACCGCCCCCUCCAAUCUUGCGAUCUGGCGGUGUACAGUCGCAGCCUAAGGUGGCUCCUCAGGCGGCUACGCCGAGGAGGGUCACUAGGGCGAGUGCAGCUGCGGGGAAUCAUGAGGCGACGGAGAGGAACAAGUAUAGCUCUGGGACGCCGAGAAGAAAGGGUGGUGGUGUUGUUUAA